AUGCCCUCCCCUCCCAAUGAUAGAGAGGAUCAAGGAGCGUCCCCCAUGAAGAGGCCAUCUGUGGGCUCCUACCAGAGCAGCGGCAGGAAGGCACACAUGAAGAAGAAAAAAGGCCGGAUCAACGCCAAUGUUGCUGGCACCAAAUAUGAGAUCGUUCGCAUUGUCAUCAAUGAGAUGGACUUCAUCAAGACCCGGGAUGAAGACGAGACGGCCAACCUCAUCUGGAGUGACUCGGCCGUGCAGCACGAGAAAAUCGCUGAGCUCAGGAAUUAUCAGAGAAUUAACCAUUUCCCUGGCAUGGGCGAAAUCUGCCGGAAAGACUGCCUGGCAAGAAACAUGUCCAAAAUGAUCAAGAUCCAGCCUCAAGAAUACAGCUUCAUACCCAAAACCUGGAUCUUCCCAGCUGAGUACACUCAGUUCCAGAACUACGUCAAAGAGCUGCGCAGGAAACGCAAACAGAAGACCUUCAUCGUCAAACCUGCCAACGGAGCCAUGGGUCACGGGAUCUCGCUUAUCCGUAACUGUGAGAAGUUGCCAGCCCAGGAACACUUUAUCGUUCAGGAGUACCUGGACAAGCCCUUCCUGAUGGAGGGUUACAAGUUUGACCUGCGCAUCUACAUCCUCGUCACGUCCUGCGACCCGCUUCGCAUUUUCCUCUACAACGACGGCCUGGUUCGCAUGGGCACAGAGAAGUACCAUGCACCCAGUGAGGCCAACCUGAGCCAGCUCUACAUGCAUCUGACCAACUACUCCGUCAACAAACACAAUGAGAACUUUGAGCGGGACGAGACAGUGGACAAAGGAAGCAAGAGAUCCAUUAGCUGGUUCACUGAGUUCCUCCGCAUCAACGGCUAUGAUGUGGCCAAGUUCUGGGGAGACGUCUCUGAGCUGGUGGUUAAGACAUUAAUAGUGUCUGAACCCCACGUGCUGCACGCCUACCGCAUGUGUCGCCCCGGCCAGCCACCAGGGAGCGACAGCGUCUGCUUUGAGGUCCUCGGCUUUGACAUCAUCCUGGACCGCAAACUCAAACCCUGGCUACUGGAGAUCAAUCGAGCGCCGAGCUUCGGGACCGAUCAGAAGAUUGAUUACGACGUGAAGAAAGGGGUUCUGCUCAAUGCGCUCAAACUCCUCAACAUUAGGGCCAGUGAUAAGAAGCGUAACCUGGCCCAGCAAAAGGCAGAAGCUCAGAGACGGCUCUACGGACACGGCUCCAUGAAGAAGCUCUCAGCUGCUUCUUCAGACUGGGAGAAACAACGUCACACACUUGAGAGAAGGAGAGAAGAACUGAAAGAGCGACUGGCACAGGUCCGCAAGCAGAUCUCCAGGGAGGAGCAUGAAAAGCAACAUCUGGGGAACUACAGACGUAUUUACCCCCCAGACGACAAGCUGCUGUUGGAGAAGUAUGAAGGCCUGCUCUCGGCCGCCUUUCAGACCUUCCUCGCUGGGCGAGCUGCCUCACUUCAAAAAGAAAUGAAUAAUCCUCUGAAACGAAUGAAGGAGGAGGACAUCUUGGAUCUGCUGGAACAAUGUGAACUGGAUGACGAGAAGCUGAUGGGCAAAUCUUCCAGGCAGCGAGGACCUAAGCCCUUGACCGCUAUGCCAGAAUGCAGCCAGACACCGAGACGUCAACGACCCGACUACCUGGCUGACUUCACCAGCGGCGGCAGCAGCGAUGAAAACUCCUGCUCCUCCUCGGAUGAAGAGGAGGAGGAGAGGAGGAAAGCAGGAGGAGGAGGAAGAGGUGGAGAGAAGAAGGAGAAGAAAGUUUCCUACGACCUUGGGGGGAACAAGGAGAAGAACUUGGCUGAGCGCUCAGGUCGCAUGCACUGGAAACCUCCCGUCAAGCCGCUGAAAACCAGCCCCGCCCCCUCCGCAUCUCCGACCCUCUCCGGUCCAAUCAGGCGCUCCAUCUCCUGUCCGCGCUCCAUCGCCUCCCUCUCGUCACCCAGUGAGGUGCGAGGGCUGUCUACCAAGCCAUCGCCCACAGUCCCCGUGGCCACGCCCCUCGUCAGGCCGACCUCCGCCACGCUGCGCUCUCAAUCGCUGAGCCGCAGCGGCUCCACCCACCGCGUGCCUCACAGCAACAGCCUGGGAACCAUCCACUCCAACAUAAGCGAUCCGCUAAUAAACCUGAGGAGUAAAGAGCAGGAGGCGGAGCUGGUGCGUCAGACCCUGGCCGCGCUCACCGCCAUGAGGAUCAGGUUCCCCGGCAAAACCGAGGAAGAGGCCGAGGCUGUGCUGGAUGAGAUCCUUGACAACUGGAAAUACCAUAAACCAAAGGUUGCCUCCUAUUGGCUGGUGAAGCUGGACUCGACCAAACAACGGAAGGUGUUGGACAUCGUUCGCACCAACGUACGCUCGGCACUGCAGCGGAUCUGGAGAGAACCAGAUGUGGAGAGCCUCCACCUCUAUCGGCUCUUUAACCGAGUCUUCAACCGGCUGCUCUGGAGUCACGGGCAGGGCCUGUGGAACUGCUUCUCCAACACCGGCUCAUCGUGGGAGACCAUCUUCAGUAAGAGCAGCGAGGUGGUGUCACCGCAGGAGCUGCAGUGCUGCCGCCGGCUGGUCCAGCUGUGCCGGGACUGCCUCCUGGUCGUCUUCAAGUUUGUCUCCGAGUCCCGCGGCUCUUUGACCGGACUCAGCCCCGAGUGGGAUGACACCAGCUUGGCAUUUGCUGCCGGACCAGCCUCUACCCAUGGCUCCACCCCUGCUGCUGUCGCUGCCGCUUCUUCUUCCUCCUCUUCCUCCGUCUCUUCGCCCCUCAACGCAGGUACUGGAACGCUGUUAGCAGGAGCUGCCUCACUGCUCUGUCUCGGUGGAAGGUGUCAUAGAAAAGUCUUAGAAAGGUACGUGCUGCCAGUGACCUCCCAGUUCAUCAUGAAGUGGCCUUCGUCCAGCUUUGGCCGCCUCUCCUCGGCCGUGCCGCGCUCCCGCAGCCUCUUCGCCGCCAGGAUGGGCCACUUCUGA